UAGUCAUUUAGUAGGUUUCUAGGACACCUUCCAUCUAGAUCCCUGGAAAACUAACCACUGGCUUGACUACUCACCCCUGGACACAGACGACUACCUCCUGUACUACUAACCCCAUGACUAUUUACCUUCCCCUCCCCCCCCCCCCCCAAAUCUUCCCCUUAAUUAAGAAAUUAUCCACUGGACAUCUACACCAUAGAUUUAUACAUCCCAAUGUUGUGUGUUAGGAACAAGGAGGCGGGGGAGGAAAUAGAUUUGUUAUUAGUUGUAUAAAUACAUACUAUUUUUUAAGAUCCACUAAAUAUAUAUUUACGGUAAAAAAAAGAAGUCUUGCCAUUUGUCAAAAAAUAUACACAUAUUAUAUGUAGAUGACACAUAAAUAUUUGUGUAAGGAUCAAGAUAUAAGAAGCCAAAUUUAGUUUUUGUUUUGAGGAUACCGUAGAUUGACUGGAAUUGUUGUACAAACGUAGCUAGGCUUGUCACAUGAAAACUACAGAUAUGAUAUGAUGUGGGCACGGAUUCAAGGAAGGAAAACUUUGUAUUACCUACUAAACUACUACUACUAUUGCUACUUUGUACAUUCCGGUGUAUGGAAAUGGUUGCAGUUCAGUUGAGUGUUAAUAAACAAAGAACCAUGAAAUUACCACAUUGUCUCAAGGAUCAUAUGUAGAUAUCUCUACAUUAGUAAAACAAAGUUGAUUCUCCAACGGAUACUGCAUGGAUGAAGGAAUUCGACACGGCAAAGCCCCCGGGCGUGAUACUCGCGAACACUGCACAAGUACUAAAGUCUGACGUGACGUGACACAGUGAGUAAUUCAAUGAAAUGAAACUCAGAAGUGAAAUCGGCUGAAUGAAAUGAAACUUUGAAGUGAAAUCAGCUAGACUCUACACGUUACUGCUGAUUUGAAAGGAAUGUUUAUCAAGUAAAUUGCAAUUAUGGAUGGGAAUACUACUCCCAAAUCCCCAGAUGGGAAAGAUAAGGAACUGAGCAAUGCCAAUGGCAAUGAAAUUGAUCAUGUCGUGAAAGAUAAGGAACUGAGCAAUGCCAAUGGCAAUGGUAUUGAUCAUGUCGUGAAAGAUAAGGAACUGAGCAAUGCCAAUGGCAAUGAUAUUAAUCAUGUUGAUGAUAAGGAGAGUGGUGCAACAAGGAGCUUUACUAGAGAAAGAGAUCUAGAGAAUGGGAAAGAUAAUCGAGAUGACUCAGAAUCCACAUUGUCAUUAUGUGGAUCAUCGGCCUCUUCUACCAGUACUGCAAAGAAGAGAGAGAGAGAGAGAAAGAAGGAAAGACAACUUAAAGCAAAGUUGAUAGCCUUACAUCAAACGAGUGAACUUGAGAAGAAACUGAGAACAUUUCAAAAACAACAUGAAAUGGAACAAGCCGAACAAGAAAUACAAAUUGCAAAAGAACAGGCUGAGAAUUUGAGAAAGAGUCAGCUUUUGAAGGAUGAAGAAGCGGAGAUUGAAAGACAAAAGACUGCUAUUCUCUUGCAAGCAGAAUUAAAGCUUCUACAACAAGACUCAGAGGAAGAGCUACAGAAAUGGAAAGUGGAAGGUGAUUCUUUCCGUGAUCGUGGACAAGAACGAGAUCAAGUUAGAGGUGACUCUUUCCGUGAUCGUGGACAAGAACGAGGACAAGUUAGAGGUGACUCUUUCCGUGAUCGUGGACAAGAACGAGAACGAGUUAGAGGUGAUUUUGUCGGUGAUCGUGGACAAGAACGAGAUCAAGUUAGAGGUGACUCUUUCCGUGAUCGUGGACAAGAACGAGAACGAGUAACAGGUGACUCUUUCCGUGAUCGUGGACAAGAACGAGAACAAGUAAUAGGUGAUUCUUUCCGUGAUCGUGGACAAGAACGAGAACAAGUUAGAGGUGAUUCUUUCUGUGAUCGUGGACAAGAACGAGAACGAGUUAGAGGUGAUUUUGUCGGUGAUCGUGGACAAGAACAAGAACAAGAACAAGCCUUUCGCAAGGAACCUGUGGGUGAUGAAGAAGGAACCACCAAACAGAUGCUUAGGGAGAUGAUUAGAUUCACUGCGGAAAACAGUCUACCAUCGCCAGAUCUCGAGCCGUUCAAUGGGGAUCCACUUGAUUACCUUACCUUUAUAAGGAAUUUCGACUAUGUGGUUGAAAAAAGAACUGAUGAACCUUUCAGAAGACUAGAGCUUCUACUAAAAUACACACAAGGAGAAGCGCAUGAGCUUAUUCGAGAAUGCCCCCACAUUCAACCAAGUAACAGGGCAUAUGAGACAGCCAAGUCCAUGCUUCACAGACACUAUGGAAAGCAGAGUAUCAUAAUAAAUGCAUACAAGGAAAGGGCAAUUGCCUGGGAGCAGAUACGAUCAGGAGAUAGACUUGGACAGACAUGAUAGGAAGGUAUGGUAUAUCCCUCACCAUGGGGUGUAUCAUCCCCAAAAGCCAAGAGAGAUUAGAGUAGCCUUCAAUUGUCCUAUCAGCUACAAAGGAAAGUCUCUUAAUCAGGAACUCCUACAAGGACCAGAUCUAACCAACAGAUUGCUUGGUGUUCUCCUCAGGCGGAGGAAAGAGAAAGUGGCUAUAAUGGCAGAUAUACAGUCUAUGUUCUAUCAGGUGAAAGUUACACCAGACCAAUGCGACAUGCUGCGUUAAUUGUGGUGUCCUGAGGGGGAUAUCACCAAAGAGCCAGUAGCCUACAGAAUGCUAGUCCAUCUUUUUGGGGCUACAUCUUCUCCCAGUUGUUCGAAUUAUGCCCUGAAAAGAACAGCAAAGGACAAUGAAGGUUGUGCAAAGGAAGAAGUCCGAGAUGCCAUACAGAAAGACUUCUACGUUGAUGAUUUUCUUAAGUCAGUAUCAACACCCCAAGAAGGCAUUGAUCUAGCUGAAUCAUUAAGACAAGUGUUGUCCAAGGGAGGCUUCAAGUUAACCAAAUGGUCAAGCAACAGA